AUGGCUGCCGCUGCCGCUCGCUCCAAAGUUGUCAACGUUCUCGGUCUCUUGCAGUCUGGCGCAAGCAGCUGCCCCUGCCACUCGCACGCACACUCACACUUCCACCCCACCGCGUCGUCCUUCUCGAACCUGCUUCGCUAUGGCCGUCAGUAUGCUAGCGGUAACGAGUCGACCGAUUAUGCUUUCGAGAUGGCCGCCUCCAACAUUCGUUUCGGCCCUGGCGUUACCAGCGAAAUUGGUAUGGAUCUGAACAACAUCAAGGCAGAAAAAGUGGCUGUGUACACUGACAGCACCAUCGCCAAGUUGCACCCAUUGAAGGCUGUCAUUGAGUCCUUGGAUAAGAACAAGGUCAACUAUGUUGUCUACGACAAGGUCCGUGUUGAGCCCACCGACGGCAGCUUCAAGGCCGCCAUUGACUUUGCUCGUCAACACAACCCUGACGCUUUUGUGGCCGUGGGUGGUGGCUCCGUCAUGGACACCUGCAAGGCCGCCAGCUUGUACAGCGCGCAUCCUGAAGCGGACUUUUUGGACUUUGUCAAUGCUCCCAUUGGUAAGGGCUUGCCCAUCAGAAAGCAGCUCAAGCCUUUAAUUGCUGUCCCCACCACCGCUGGUACUGGUUCGGAAACUACGGGUACUGCUAUCUUUGACUAUGAACCUUUGCACACCAAGACUGGUAUUGCCCACAGAGCCUUGAAGCCAUACCUCGGUAUCGUCGAUCCUAUGAACACCCGCAGCAUGCCUUCGGAAGUCCAUGCUUCUAGUGGUUUGGAUGUCUUGUGUCACUCUCUUGAGUCGUACACCGCCUUGCCCUUCAACGAACGUUCGCCUCGCCCAUCCAACCCUAUCCUCCGUCCCGCCUACCAAGGCUCCAACCCCAUCAGUGAUGUCUGGUCCAUGCACGCCCUUCGCAUGGUCGUCAAAUACCUUCCCCGUGCCACCAAGGACCCUGAGGACCACGAAGCCCAGCAACAAAUGUUACUCGCUUCCACCUUUGCCGGUAUUGGUUUCGGCAAUGCUGGUGUCCACUUGUGCCACGGUUUGAGUUACCCCAUUUCCGGCCUGAACAAGAACUACAAGCACCCUGGCUACAAUGUGGACCACGCCUUGGUCCCUCACGGUGUCUCGGUCGCUUUGACUUCCCCAUCCGUCUUCCGCUACACCGCCAGCGCCUGCCCUGAUCGUCACAUGGAUGCCGCCGUCGCCUUUGGCGCUGAUCCUGCUAGCAUUAAGCCUUCGACCGCGGGUGAUGUCUUGGCUGAGAAAUUGACCGCCUUCCUCGAGGAAUUGAAGGUGCCUAACGGUUUGAAGGGUCUUGGCUUUGAUAGUUCCAUGAUCCCUGACUUGGUCGAGGGUGCUUUGCCCCAACACCGCGUCACGAAGCUGGCCCCAACACGUGAGCCUGCUGCUGAGCAGCUCGCAAAGAUCUUUGAAAACUCCAUGACCAACUACUAG